AUGGCAAUUCACACCUCCAAUCGACCUUAUCAUCCUUUGCGCACACCGGGCGAUGCAAUUGUCAAUGCUGCUGGGCAGCGCGUUGUGCUCAAAGGCACAGCUCUCGGUAGAUAUUUGAACAUGGAGAAUUUCAUCACCGGCUAUUCUGGUCAUGAACAUGAGCACAAGACAGCACUUGCUUCAGUGCCGGGCAAAGAAAAGGCACAAUUCUUCUUCGACCGCCUACUACAACAUUUCUUCACAGAAGCCGAUGCAGAAUUCUUCGCACCGCUUGGUAUGAACUGCAUUCGCAUCCCAUUCAACUACCGCCACUUCAUUGACGACCAAAACCCAACCCAUUUCAAGAAGAAGGGAUUCGAGCUGCUUGGCCGCGCCGUCAAUAUUUGUGCAAAAUACAAUUUGUAUGUUGUCCUCGACCUUCACGCUGUUCCAGGAGGUCAGAACCAAGACUGGCACUGCGACAGUGGUCUGAACAAGGCCUUAUUCUGGGACUUUCGCGUUUUCCAAGAUCAAGCUAUCGAGCUAUGGAAAGCCAUUGCUGCAAUUGCUGCACACUAUAAUGGAAACCCUGUGGUCUGUGGUUAUAAUCUCCUAAACGAGCCAGCGGAUCCCCAGCAUGUUCGCUUGAUCUCAUGGUAUGAGCGUGUAGAGAAAGAGAUCCGAGCUGUAGACCCAGAGACAAUGCUUUUCAUCGACGGUGACACAUACACAAUGGACUUUACCUACUUCCAGAAUGUGCUUCCUAACUCCGUUUACGCAUACUACGAUUAUGCAAUGUUCGGUUUCCCAAUCCCAGGACAGCCACUCUAUACCGGUAGCAAAGAGCAAAAAAGUAAACGCAUACGACAGUCCGACCGGAAGGUUUUCUUCAUGCGGGAAAAGAAUAUUCCCAUCUGGAAUGGUGAAUUCGGUCCAGUAUAUGCCGAUGAGCAUACCGACCCAGAGGCAGUGAAAACCAACAAUGCACGUUACCACAUGCUGCAAGAUCAGCUAGAAAUCUACGCGCGUGGUCAAGUAAGUUGGAGUAUCUGGCUCUACAAAGAUAUCGGUUACCAAGGUAUGAUGUAUGUCAGCCCAGACAUGCCUUACAUGAAGCUUAUCGCGCCCUUUGUUGCCACAAAACAAAAUCUUGCUCUCGACUUUUAGAGCAUCGUUGACAAGGAUGUCGUCAAAGACGUAUACGAGCCAUCCAUUGAAGGUCUAAAGAAGAUGUACCCAACAUCUAAACGUUCGAUAGGCAGGUAGAGAGAGCCGUCCGAGAAGGUCUUAUGAGCGAGUAUCUUGGCUAGGAAUUCGCUGAUUCAUUCAAGGAUAAGAACGAGGAUGAGUUCGAGGAGUUGACAAAGAGUUUUGCAUUUGAGAACUGCAUUAAGCGUGAUGGUUUGAACAUGAUCUUGCAAGAAGAUGGCCGUAAGACAGCAGCGCCUUGAAUUUGGGAAUAUUAGGAAGUAUCGAA